AUGCAUGUUUUCUCUGACUUGGAAACAGAUUUUUUCACCAUUUUCCUUAUGACACUUUGUCCUGUGAAAGGAUUUUAUGAAUACAGACUCACAUGGAGGAAAUCAGGUUUGGGGGAGACCAAAGCUCUGCUGUGCCCUACUAAUAUCCACUUUAUUUCUGCGUUUCUGUUCACAGAGAGUGAAGAAGUUUAUCAAAGGCAAGUGCUGUCAAUUUCAUGUAUCAUCUUUGGAAUUGUCAUCGUGGGCAUGUUCUGCGCAGCAUUCUACUUCAAAAGCAAGAAGCAAGCUAAACAAAUCCAAGAGCAACUGAAAGAGACACAUAAUGGUAAAAACUACAGUCUCAAAGCAUCCAGCACAAUGGCAAAGUCAGAGACCUUGGCGAAGAGCCAUGUCCAGCUGCAAAAUUAUUCCAAGGUGGAAAGACAUCCUGUGACAGCAUUGGAUACAAUGAUGGAGUCAAGUUUUGCUGGACCACAGUCCUUCCCAGAAGUUUCUUCUCCUGAUAGAGGAAGCCAGUCUUUCAAGCACCACAGGAGUCUCUCCUCUUGCUACAGCCCAGGGCAAAGGAGUGGGAUGCUUCAUAGGAAUGCCUUCGGAAGGACACCCCCAUUGCCCCGAAGUCGGCUGAGUGGAAUCGUGGGACCAGCGUAUCAACACCUAGAAGAAUCACGGAUCCCAGACCAGGAUACGAUACCUUGUCAAGGGAUAGAGGUCAGGAAGAUUAUAUCCCACCUGCCUAUACAGCUGUGGUGUGUUGAAAGCUCCCUGGACUUAAAGUAUAAUUCCAAUGGUUUAAAAAUCCAACACAAUGCAUCAAUAAAUAUGCAACUGCCUUCAAGAGAGACAAACCCCUAUUUUAAAAGCUUGGAUCAAAAGGACCUGGUGGGAUGUUCAUCCACAAGGGCCAGUUCCGUGCCCAUCAUCCCUUCAGUGGGUCUAGAGGAAACCUGCAUGCAAAUGCCAGGGAUUUCUGAAGUCAAAAGCAGCAUCAAAUGGUGCAAAAACUCCUAUUCUGCAGAGCUUGUCAAUGUUAGUAUUCCAGCCAGUGAUUGUCUGAUAGCAGAACAGCAAGAAGUGAAAACAUUGCUAGAAACUGUCCAGGAGCAGAUCCGAAUUCUGACUGAUUCCAGGCGGUCAGAAGACUAUGAACUGGCCAGCGUAGAGACUGAGGACAGGGCAAGUGAAAAUACAGCCUUUCUCCCCCUGAGUCCCACAGCCAAAUCAGAUCGAGAGGUCCAAUUUGUCUUAAGAAAUGAAAUACAAAGAGACUCCGCCUUGACCAAGUGA